GUUGUGUCUCCAGUCCAGCAGGAGUCGCUCUGCAGCUCUUCAGUCCGCCGAUAAACCCACUAAAGAAAGAAAGAAAGUCAAACAUCAAGCGCUGCGUGUUCACAUCACUCUGAUUUUCUCUCUUGAGUGUUUUAAACAGAGUGUUGUGUGUGUGUGUUUGUGUUGAGAUGUUGAGGAUGACGUCACAGAUGUGCUGUAAAUCAGUGGGAACUGAUCUGUCCAUGCUGGAUAUUGAUGAUUUCAUCACAGAAAUCUGUCAGCUGAAGAAAGAGGUGGCGUUACUGGAGGAAAAGCUGAGGACAAGAGGAGAUGAACUCAACACUGAGAUUGUGGUAAAGGUCGAGUCAAACCCCACAGACGCUCAGGACACUGUGUGUGACAGUAAUCACACCUUGAAUCAGGAUGAAUCUACUGAUCAAACCUCCACAGAGUCUCUGGAUUCUGUCUGUAACGCUGGAGAACAGCAGAUCCUGAACACCAGACCACUCAACAUGUGUUCUGUCACACUGGUGGACUGCAGGAAACUGAUGGAGAUGGAAACACAAACACCAGUGAAGGAAGAACACACUGAUGAAGAUGAUGUUCUUUCUUCAGUGAAACUGAUAAAUAGCAGAAAAAUGAUGGAGAUAAAAACAGAAGAAACAUCAGACGAACAUCAGACUGGUGAAGAUAAGAAUGAUGGUGGUGAUGGUUUUAUUCCUUCAGAUGAGAGCGGUGAUUCAUGUUGUGAUGGAGAAACGGCCUCUACAUCAAAACAGCGACUGACAGCACAAACUCUUUCCUGCAUCACCUGUGGAAAGACAUUCAGUUCACAGAGACGUUUAGAGACACAUGAGAGAAAACACACAGAACAGAAACUCUUCACCUGCACCAGAUGUGACAUCAGCUUUCCUACCUUACAAGAGAAGAAACUUCAUUCACAAGAGCACAGAGACCAGAAACACUUUCACUGUCAGCAGUGUGGGAAGAAUUGUGUCUCGUCUUCUAGUCUGAACGCUCACAUGAGGACACACACUGGAGAAAAACCUUUCCACUGCAGUGAAUGUGACAAAUAUUUCAGCAGCAAACAAUAUCUUGUUGCUCAUCAGAUAAUUCACACGGGAGAAAAACCGUACAAGAAGAAACACUUUAACUGUGAGAAGUGUGGGAAGAGUUUUUUUACAACUUCUUCUAAUAUGGGAGCUCACAUGAGGACACACACUGGAGAAAAACUUUUCCACUGCAGUCAAUGUGACAAAUAUUUCAGAACCAAAGGAAAUCUUGUUACUCAUAACAGAAUUCACACGGGAGAAAAACCGUACGAGUGUCCUCACUGUGAGAAGAGAUUUAGCGAUGCAUCUAGUUUAAACAUGCAUGUGCGUCUGCUGCACACUAAUGAGAGACGGUACCACUGCAGUGAAUGUGGAAAAUAUUUCAGCACUAAAGGAGAUCUUGUUGCUCAUCAGAGAAUUCACACGGGAGAAAAACCUUAUCACUGCUCUCACUGUGGAAAGAGCUUUUCUCGACUAACUUCUUUACAAAAUCAUGAGAGAAUUCACACGGGAGAGAAACCUUAUCACUGCAGUGUUUGUGGGAAGAGUUUUAAUCGUCAGGGUAAUUUUGACAGGCAUCAGAGGAUUCAUUCAGGUGAAAGACCCUUUAAGUGUUCACGCUGUGAUAAAUGUUUCCUUCUGAAAUCUACUCUGAUAACUCAUGAGAGAGUUCACACGGGAGAGAAACCUUACCACUGCUUUCACUGUGGAAAGAGCUUUUAUGUUUCAUCUCAUUUAACAGUUCAUCAGAGAAUUCACACGGGAGAGAAACCUUACGUCUGUUCUCACUGUGGAAAGAGCUUUUCUGAUCCAAGUACUUUUAAACGUCAUCAGAGAUCUCAUACAAAACAGAAACUCUUCACCUGCACCAGAUGUGACAUCAGCUUUCCUACCUUACAAGAGAAGAAACUUCAUUCACAAGAGCACAGAGACCAGAAACACUUUCACUGUCAGCAGUGUGGGAAGAACUUUCUCCGCUCUUCUCGUCUGAACAUUCACAUGAGGACACACACUGGAGAAAAACCUUUCCACUGCAGUCAAUGUGGCAAAUAUUUCAGAACCAAAGGAAAUCUUGUUGCUCAUCAGAGAAUUCACACGGGAGAGAAACCUUACGUCUGUUCUCACUGUGGAAAGAGCUUUCCUCGACUAACUUCUUUACAAAAUCAUCAGAGAGUUCACACUGAAGAAAAACCUUUCCACUGCAGUGUUUGUGGGAAGAGUUUUAAUCGUCAGGGUAAUUUUGACAGGCAUCAGAGAAUUCAUUCAGGUGAAAGACCCUUUAAGUGUUCACGCUGUGAUAAAUGUUUCCUUCUGAAAUCUACUCUGAUAACUCAUGAGAGAGUUCACACGGGAGAGAAACCUUACCACUGCUUUCACUGUUGGAAGAGCUUUUAUGUUUCAUCUCAUUUAACAGUUCAUCAGAGAAUUCACACGGGAGAGAAACCUUACGUCUGUUCUCACUGUGGAAAGAGCUUUUCUGAUCCAAGUACUUUUAAACGUCAUGAGAGAUCUCACACUGGAGAGAAACCUUAUCAGUGCAGUGUUUGUGGGAAGAGUUUUAAUGGUCAGGGUAAUUUUGACAGGCAUCAGAGAAUUCAUGCAGCUGAAAGAUCCUUAUAAGGUAAAUAAAGUGAUCUGAUUGGUGUUCGUGUUUAUAUGACAAGCCCAAAUAUGACAUGGGCACAUUGCACAAGUGUUCACCUACAGUGCAUCCGGAAAGUAUUCACAGCGCUUCACUUUUUCCACAUUUUGUUAUGUUGCAGCCUUAUUGCGAAAUGGAUUAAAUUCAUUAUUUUCCUCAAAAUUCUACAAACAAUACCCCAUAAUGACAAUGUGAAAGAAGUUUGUUUGAAAUCUUUGCAAUUUAUUAAAAAUAAAAAACAAAAAAGCACAUGUACAUCAGUAUUCACAGCCUUUGCUCAAUACUUUGUUGAAGCACCUUUGGCACCAAUUACAGCCUCUUGUCUGUAAAUAAAGUCUUUUGGAGUAUGAUGCUACAAGCUUGUCACACCUAUUUUUGGGCAGUUUCUCCCAUUCUUCUUUGCAGGACCUCUCAAGCUCCAUCAGGUUGGAUGGGGAGCGUCGGUGCACAGCCAUUUUCAGAUCUCUCCAGAGAUGUUCAAGUCUGGGCUCUGUCUGGGUCACUCAAGGACAUUCACGGAGUUGUCCUGUAGCCACUCCUUUGUUAUCUUGGCUGAGUGCUUAGGGUCAUUUUCCUGUUGGAAGAUGAACCUUCGCCCCAGUCUGAGGUCCAGAGCGCUCUGUAGCAGGUUUUCAUCGAGGAUGUCUCUGUACAUUGCUGCAUUCAUCUUUCCCUCGAUCCUGACUAGUCUCCCAGUUCCUGCCGCUGAAAAACAUCCCCACAGCAUGAGGCUGCCACCACCACGCUUCACUGUAGGGAUGGUAUUGGCCAGGUGAUGAGCGGUGCCUGGUUUCCUCCGGACAUGAGUUCAAUCUUUGUUUCAUCAGACCAGAGAAUUUUGUUUCUCAUGGUCUGAGAGUCCUUCAGGUGCCUUUUGGCAAACUCCAGGCGGGCUGUCAUGUGCCUUUUACUGAGGAGUGGCUUCCGUCCGGCCACUCUGCCAUACAGGCCUGAUUGGUGGAGUGCUGCAGAGAUGGUUGUUCUUCUGCAAGGUUCUCCUCCCUCCACAGAGACAUGCUGGAGCUCUGUCAGAGUGACCAUCGGGUUCUUGGUCACCUCCCUGAGUAAGGCCCUUCUCCCUUGAUCGCUCAGUUUGGCCAGCUCUAGGAAGAGUUCUGGUGGUUCCAAACUUCUUUCAUUUACGGAUGAUGGAGGCCACUGUGCUCAUUGGGACCUUCAAUGCUGCAGACUUUGUAGUAAUGCUGUACCCUUCCCCAGAUCUGUGCCUCGAUUACAAUCCUGCCUCAGAGGUCUACAGACAAUUCCUUGGACUUCAUGGCUUGGUUUGUGCUCUGACAUGCACUGUUAACUGUGGGACCUUAUAUAGACAGGUGUGUGCCUUUCCAAAUCAUGUAAAUGCGCUGGUGUCACAUCCGUAUAUAAUCUCAAUAAAUGUCAUUGUUACUUUUCUUAAUAAACUUUUUGUCUAAUGCACUGCAGUAGCCAAGUGACUUGUGUCAUGACUUGAGAAGCCUACAAACAGCAUUAUUUUAUAUAACUCAUUACUCCAUGACUUAUUUUGAAAACCAAAGCACACCCACACAUCCGCUCUGAGAGCUCGCAGCGUUCUUACAGUUUUCGCCAUGCUCGCUCGCUUCCACUUACUUUUGGCCGUAUGUAAAUGACAUGAUUUAAAAAAAAUAUAGAUAGUAGAGGUAUCACUAUCGAUACACUAUUGAAAAAAAAAGUAUUGCGAUAGUUAAGUGUAGCGAUAUUUUUGCACAACCCUAAACAAAAUGUGGAAAAAGUGAAGCGCUGUGAAUACGUUCCGGAUGCACUGUAAAUACCCACUAAAACAGUGUUUUAAAACACAUGUUGUGUAUAUUUUAUUAAGAAAACGGCACGAAAAAAAACAAAAUUUACAGUUCAAAUAGGCAGAGUAAUGUCUCGUGCCAAUAAGCAUAAGCACAUCUGAUGCGGUUUACCAUGGUAAACCAUGACAAAACUACUAAGACCCACCAGAGCGUCUGCAGGCAAACAAUAAUUUGAAUAAAUGAUUAAUAACAGCUAGGUCUUUUACACAGAUUUACCAUGGUAAAACCAGCAAAUCCUUCAAAAGCACAUCUAAGUAAACUAAAUAUAAGAAAUGUUCGGUACUACGAGUACAAAUGAAAUUUUAUGCUUAGAUAUUUUAGUAGCCUAUGUUUGUACAUUUGCAAAUGUAUCGGGUUCUAAAGAAACUGAGAAAUUGUGUUUAAAAACUCACUACAGGAAAACAGUAAAGACAUUAAUAUGUUCAUUUAGAGAUGACAAGCAUAUGAAAAUUUGUACCGCUUUGACAGAUUUAUGACUUUUGGUUUCUUCAGCAACAGCUGCUCCUUCCGUGUGUCAUACGCCCUUACGUCUGUACGACCCAGUGACGUCUGCACAUGCGCACAAUUUCCUACUUCGGUUUUCAAUCUGAUCAAGUGUAUACAUGUCCUAUUAAACGGAUUACAAACGGUAUAAACCACCCCUUACAAUCCGACUGAAAUUUCAAUCGGUUUGGCCAUUUUUAAUCUGAUUGACAUGUGGAACAUUUUCAUUCGGAUUGGACGUUUAAUCAGAUUACAAUGGUCCAUGUAAACGCAGCUACUGUGAUAAAUGUUUCUGUCAUAAAUCUACUCUAAUAAAUCAUGAGAGAGUUCACACUGGAGAGAAACCUUAUCACUGCUCCAUCUGUGGAGAGAGAUUCACUUAUUUAGGAAGUUUUAAUUCUCAUCAGAAGAAACAUGCUGAAGAACAAACGGCACUGGAAUCAUCAUCAUAGCGUCUCAAACUGUUAAACAGUCGAACUCUGAGCUCUUACUGCUGGUAGGGGUCAAAUCACAUUGAGUUUUCAGAAUCAGGAGCUUUAUGACCACAUAUGUUUACACAGACAAGAAGUUUGACUUGGCGACAGGAGCUUAGUGCAGAAGAAAGUGUUCACAUGGUGAACGCCUAGUGCAAAUAUACAUUAAGACAGAAAAAUGAGAAUUAAAUCAAAACAAUAAUGCACUAUAUACAAGAAGUGAAAAAUAUAGACAAAAACAACAUAUCAUUUUUAAAUGAGUGUGCAGAUGUGUUAUUUACAGAUUUAACGUAUUGUUUCUUACAAUGUACAGUUUCCAGAUGCUAUGUUUCAUGUGGUUUGUUGCUGGAGGUGAUAUUGAAGUACAACAACUGAUGUUUCAGUGUCAUCAUUAAUUAUAUAUUUUCUUUAAUUGGGUGAAUGAUUGUAAAUAAUGUGUAUAAUUGGUGUGUUCUAAAAAAGGAUUUCCAUGACUUCAAUAAUUUUCCAUUAAAAAAUAAGAAAGUUCUGUGAUUGUCAUCAUUUACUUCCCUCAAAUUGCUCCAAGCAUAAAAAAAUGCUGUUCUGCUGAACACACAAAAAACGAUAUUUGGAAAAAAUGUUUGUUAACCGAACAGUUUCAGGGCAUAAUUGACUACUAUAAUAUUUGCCUGUUUGAAAGUUUGUAUGUACGCGCUUCCUGUUGUGUUGUAAUAGAAAAGCACGCGCCUCCACCUCAGAACAGAGCGCGCGCACAACAACUGCGCCUGACAAGACUUCACUGAAGUGAGACGUUUUAAUUUCACAAUAUUUCUCAGUGGCUUAAGAGGAAAAAUACCAUUUUCGUUAUUACUUACAAUCUGACCGCAAUAUAACACGUGAUUUGAGAUCUUUACUGACAGAACAUUGAGAGCAGAGCUUCAGCGUAAAGUGAUACAAUAACUAUUUUAACUAAUUAUCUACAUCCAUUGCAUUAUUGAUCAAGUGUUUGUAUUAAUAAAAGU